GUCAACUGAGCAUAACCAGACAAAAGCCACACCUUUGAUGAACUUCUUGCCGUAGCAGGUCUGUGAUCGUUGUGCAUGCUACAGGCUCAGUAUCGUCUUCAUAUUCGAUCUAGUAAGCGUCAAGCUUCUCUAGCGCUCGUGUCCGGCGCAAUCCAUCGUCAAUCGCAGUCAUCGCCAGAACGAAGCAAGGCAGAUCUAAACAUCUCUUCAGACAACCACGUCCGCUUCCCUUCCCUGAAUCGCAUAACGCAAUGCAUACUCCAUCACCAGAGCUCCUCCGAGCCUUGAGGCUUGCUGUCCUUCCGUUCAGAACCUCAAACCACCGGGUCUGCGUCGCAGCUACAGCACGACACACAUCUCGCACCACGCUCUCAACACGAAGCCUCGCAACGAAAACGACCUCUUCGCGCCUCUACGCCCGCCAACCUUCAAGUACACCCCCAAGACAGUCCUCUCCUUCGUCAAGCCCGCCAGCAGCAGCAGCAGCGACACCAAACGUGCACAAUGUCCGCGCCCCACGAUCCCACGACCGCGGCCCAGCAUCCCAAGAAGAAACACAAACCGAUUUCUCCAAAAUGGACAUCCUGACGAACGCGGGCGCCGCCGUCCCCGCGACAUCCAUCGACGCAUGCACCCACGACGGCUUCUACCUGAACAACGGCACCCACACCGCCGGCGGCAUGGGCGUGCUCUUACUCGACGGCGAAGCAUUCACAUGGACACCCUGGUCCGCUAACACCGCAUCGGUCGCAGCAUCGACUGGUGCUGGCGGUGCCGGAUUCGCAGCACUCCUCGACAAAAGAGGGAUACUCACGAUCCCUGUGCCGUCGCUAGGCAUCUUGGGCCUGAUAUACCCGAAACCAGACCUCUUGAUCAUAGGGACAGGCCGGAAAUUGUGGAUGCUCAAUCGAGAUACCAGAAAACAUCUAUCUGAAGGAUUGGGGAUCAAGGUCGAUGUCAUGGACACGGCGAAUGCGGCGGCCGCGUAUAAUCUGCUUGCUACGGAACGGGGGACGGCGGAGGUUGGGGCGCUGAUGAUUCCGGAUGGGUUUAGGGGUUUGUGAAGCAUGGUGGUGGUAAAUGGAGGACUUCAGACCUGGCAUAUAUUCAGUUGUCUACGGCGGUGACUUUGAUGAACAAGAGGAGAAAAGCCUCGUUGUAGGAAGGAGUACAUCGAGUAGAUAAUGACAAUGUCAAGCAGGUCGCUCACACUAUGACUUGCAUUGAGGCGAGAGAUCAGACAACGAG